UCCAGCCUCCUCCAGUCAGCCAGCCACAACUUUCCCGCUGAGCCGCGCGGCGCUGGACCUCCGAGCCACGCUGAAUUUUCAUUUCCCACUCGCGCGAUGCGGACAGUGGCGGCGAGUCGACACCUCCUGCCCCCGCGCGCUCCCACGGGAGCCAACUGAAGACGGCGUUUUCUCUCUUUGUUUUAUUCUCUGAGUGUUUGUGCAACAACUCAGCGCGCGCGCUGGUCAGCCUGUCCACGCAAGCGUCCACGGAUUAUUGACCUGGAUAUUUUUGGAUGGUUUUAUUCAAUGUUGGGAUCACUUCCACUUGGGUCGCGUUAAAAGGUGAGACCUGUCUUUGUGUGUCAUCAGCGUGACAUUGGAGCUCCACCAUGCAUCUCAACUCUCUCUGGACACUGCUGGUCCUCCUGGCGCUGACCGGCUCGGCUCUGGGGAACCCGAUGAUCAACGACUCCAUGUCUGCACCCCGAGUUUUCAUCUCCUUCAAAGAACUGAGAUCUACUGGUACCGCUCAUCACUUCGCCUACCUUCUCAACACAUCUGAUUUCCGGAUCCUGCGCAUGGAUGAGGACCAUGACCGCAUGUACAUUGGCAGCAAAGACCACAUCCUGUCUCUGGACCUUCAUGACAUUAACAAAGACCCACAUAUUAUCCACUGGCCGGUCUCUGAACGAAGGAGGAUGGAGUGCCUAGUUAGUGGGAAGGACGCCAAUGAGGAGUGUGCAAACUUCAUCCGCUUGAUUGAACCGUGGAACAGGACUCAGCUGUACGUCUGCGGGACCGGCGCUUACAACCCAGUCUGCACCUUCGUCAACCGGGGACGCAAGCCUCAGACGUCCAUGUAUCUGCAGAUGGCCCAGGCCAGAGGAAGGGCCAGCCGCGCCGCUGAACCCAGCGCGGUGCACGAGACGCUGGGACUUAAGGAAGAAAUAUUCCAUUUGGAGCCUGGAAAAGUGGAGUCUGGCAAAGGGAAGUGCUCCUACGACCCGAAGCUCAACAGCGUGUCGGCUUUGAUCAACGGUGAGCUGUAUGCUGGAGUCUACGUGGACUUCAUGGGAACUGACUCGGCUAUUUUCCGUACUCUGGGUACAAAGACUGCCAUGAGGACGGAUCAGUACAACUCCAGGUGGCUGAACGACCCCACUUUCGUCCAUGUGAAACUCAUCCCCGACAGCGCGGAAAGAAACGACGACAAGCUCUACUUCUUCUUCCGGGAGAAAUCCUCAGAGAUGGGCCAGACUCCUGUGACCCAGUCCCGCAUCGGACGCAUCUGCCUGAAUGACGACGGGGGUCACUGCUGUCUGGUGAACAAGUGGAGCACCUUUCUAAAGGCCCGGCUCAUCUGCUCGGUGCCGGGGGCCGACGGCAUGGAAACACACUUCGACGAGCUCCGCGAUGUUUACAUACAGCCAACACAGGACACCAAAAAUCCUGUUAUUUAUGGCGUCUUCUCUGUCUCUGGCUCUGUCUUCAAGGGCUCAGCAGUCUGUGUCUACUCCAUGGCUGACAUCCGCAUGGUCUUCAAUGGACCGUUUGCCCACAAAGAGGGUCCGAACUACCAGUGGGUGGCCUACACUGGGAAGAUCCCCUACCCACGACCAGGCACGUGUCCGGGUGGGACCUUCACGCCGAACAUGAAGUCCACCAAAGACUACCCGGAUGAGGUGAUAAACUUCAUGAGGAACCAUCCUGCCAUGUAUAAUGCUGUGUACCCAGUGCACAAGCGCCCCCUGGUGGUCAGGACCAACGUGGACUAUGAGUUCACCACCAUCACAGUGGACCAGGUGACAGCGGCGGACGGCAACUAUGAAGUCCUCUUCUUGGGAACUGACAAGGGAACAGUUCAGAAAGUAAUUGUUCUGCCCAGCGACAACCUGCAGACAGAGGAGCUGGUCCUGGAGGAGGUGGAGGUGUUCAAGGUUCCAACUCCCAUCACAACAAUGAAGAUCUCAUCAAAACGGCAACAGUUGUACGUCUCGUCUGCCAUCGGUUUGACCCAGUUGGCGCUUCACCGCUGCGACGUAUACGGGGAGGCUUGUGCCGACUGCUGCCUUGCCAGAGACCCUUAUUGUGCCUGGGAUGGGAAGUCAUGCUCCCGUUACUCAGCUUCACAGAAGAGGUCUGACCCCUUUAGACGAAGCCGGAGGCAGGACGUCAAGUACGGGAACCCCAUCCGCCAGUGCAGGGGCUUCAACUCCAACGCGAACAAGAACACUCUGGAGAUGGUGCAGUAUGGCGUGGAGGGCAGCAGCACCUUCCUGGAGUGCCAAGCCCGCUCGCCACACGCUGUCAUCAAGUGGCAUCUGCAGAGAGACAACAGCGACCGCAGGAAAGAGAUCCGUUGUGAUGGUCGGGUGCUAAAGACUGAGCAGGGUCUCCUCCUGCGCUCCCUUCAGCCCUCCGACUCUGGAAUGUAUCAGUGCACGGCCACGGAGAAGAACUUCAAACACACACUGGUCAAGCUGCAGCUGGUGGUUCUGUCGGGCCGAGCCGUCAACAACGUGCUGGUGGAAGGAGGGGGCGGCCCGGUGCCGUCCUCCCUCCAUUCCAGCAGCACCCAGUGGACCCCCAGCGCCGUCCAGUACAAGGAUUUGUUGACCAUCCUGAGCCAGCCGGAGAUGAGCCUCAUCAACCAGUACUGCCAGGACUACUGGCAGUUCGGAGACCCGCUCAUGGGCGCCAUGAAGGGCAAAGACCUGAAGGAGCUCAAGGAGCAGAAGAAGCCUCGCAAUCGCCGACAUCACGGCGAGCGGGAGGAGACGGACGAGCAGGAGGACGCAGAGACAUGAGGAGAACAACUGACACACGCCCUUGGUCGCCCUUCCCCCACCCUGUCAGAACUGGGAGAGACUCAUUGAGAGUGAAAAAAAUGCACAAACCGAGAAAAAAAGAAAACUGAUAGAGGCACGCGACUCCACCCCCACUUGUGUCCUUUCACACAGUAAGAUAUAUGAUACACAGUAUUUAUUGUAGGUUGUAUAUAGUCUCAUUCUGUGGAUUUCUUUGUACUUAUAGAUACACGCUCUUCAUGCAAAGGUACUUUUGGGGGCAACUAUUGUUAUUAUUGAUGUUAAUUUUAUUGUUGCUGUUACUGUCAAGCUCUUCAGUCAGUUUGGACCCAGAGUUUGAGUCACGGGGCGUGUAAAGAGGCGGAGCUCGGGAUGGCUGUUGUUUCUCUGCAUCUUUAUUGGUGGACUCUUCAGGAAGCCUCUCUUGGAUGUGCAUGUGGACAGUGACUUGAUACUGCGAGGGGACCAUGCCGUGGUCCCAGAGUGAGGAGGGUGGUCCCCACUCAGUAGACUGCCCCUGGGCCAGUCUCAGAAAAUGGAUUCCUGACCAGUUUGUUUUUAUAUUUCCUGCUUGUAGGGGGAUCGAUUGUAAAAUAAUGCUGCAUCUUGGCUUGGUCUCGGAGAGCAGGGAUGAUGCCUGAGGAUUUGUUCAGGAACGUGGACCGACAACACUCCAAGAUUCAAGUUGAGGGUUCAUUCUGCCACCUUCCAUUUGUGAAUGCCAGUUUUCUUCUUCCACAUGCUUCGAAUUGGUCCUGAAUAUUACAGCCAAACAGAGACAAAGCAUUAACCAUGUUGAGUCGUAUGCAAAACCAAGUGUGUUGCAAUGAUGAGUUUCCUCUUCAUCAAGGGCAUUAUUUUUAUUUUGUUCUGCACCACAUGACAUAAAGAAACCUCUAAAGAUUCCGUGACUGAAAUGAUGCCUCCUUUGAUUUGAAAAAAAAACCUUGACAACAUUCCCUGAGGUGGAUUUCAGCGUGGAGGCCAAAAUAUGGAGAAUGAUAUCUACACAAAAGUUGGGGACAUCAAACUCAUGGCCCGGGGGCCAAAUCUGGCACGCCAAGUGAGUUUAUUUGGCAUGCAACAGUUCAUAAAAAUGGAAACUUGGGGAGAGGAAAAUACAGAUUCCAGGGAAUUCUAUGACAUAUCGAAAGUGACUGACGUUAUGAGGCAAAGUUGGUCAUAAGGAAGUGGGUGCUUAUGUGUUCAGACAAGACGCUGCACCAAAAUUGUGAAAUAUAUAAUUGAUGUCCCAAAGAAUUUUACAUUUUCGUUUUGCAACUUCAACAAUCUGAUUGGACUGUCGCACCAUAACAAAUCAUCCCUGUAGGUAACUUGCCAUGUGGUUUCUAACUUCUACUUAAAGACACCAAAAACUAGUCCCUCACUCAAAGUCCUUCUGUGCUACCAAAACUAAAGCUGAAAUGCUCCUCGGGUCACUGGCUAUAUGAGUCUCGCGAGGAAACUCUUGCCUGGAGACAGGUGCCUCUCUGAGUCACGGUUUAACAUUUCAGACACAAUACAGCAGAGCAGACUGUAACAAUGCUGAGGAACUCACCAAAAUAGUGGGAAGCUGGCUUUCACUGUGUGCAUGAAUCUGUAUUUGUACUGUAAUUAUAACAAAUACUGCGUGGUUUUUCUGCAUCUGUUGGGGCGUACGAUGUGGUCUGGAAUUCCUCCACAGUCCAGCUAGUUGUGCUUGACCUUUUAAUGCUCCACAGUGACCCCUGUGUACAGCAUGAUGUAGCUUUCCAGUGACACGUCAUGUUAAGGGACAGUCAUUUAUUUAUAUGGUUUUGUGUAAAUAAAUUCUACAUGAGAUUAGAAAAAAAAAAUUAUUGAUCAGCAAAACAACACUGAGCAUAAAUGAGGAGCGCAAAUUUGAAACAAAGAAGGCUGUUUGAAAGGAGACGAUUCUAGCAGUGGGAGCUGUUAACACACCCUGUCUCUCGCCUGUACUCAGGCUCUAUAAACGUCAUCUCCAACGCCUCUGGGAAGAUGCAUCAAUUAUUCAUACUGGAGUAGCUGUAUCUGCUCCACAGUUUGGGAUCUGUCUGCAGUCUCAGAAUCAAUCACGGCUCCGCAGCGUCUCCUCCAAAUGAGACUGCCGGCAUAAAAACGGCACAGAAAGAAUGGUUGUGCAAUUUGUUAUUUUUAUAAAGUGUCUUUUGUUAACUGGUGUCUUCUUGUUUUGUACUUCUAUUCUCCGUAGUCAUCCGUCGCUAUGGAAAAAAGAGACGCAAAGAGGUGAUGUUAAUGUAAUGAUGUGUAAAUUACUCUCAUCUUUCCUUUACAUUGUUGUCGCUGACUAAUAAAUUAAAGCUCUAUAUUUUCUAA